AGAGCCAUGGCAAAGAGUGGACUUGUAAUUUCCAUCCUGGUUAUCACCUUACUCCUGGACCAGACCACCAGCCACGCGGCCAAAUUCAAAGCCAAGAAGCACAGCAAACGCCGAGUAAAAGAAAAUGAUGGAGACCUGAAGACUCAAGUGGAAAAGCUCUGGAGAGAGGUCAACGCCCUGAAGGAAAUGCAAGCCCUGCAGACAGUCUGUCUGCGGGGCACCAAAGUCCACAAGAAGUGCUACCUUGCUUCAGAAGCUUCGAAGCCCUUCCACGAAGCCAACGAAGACUGCAUUUCCAAGGGAGGCACCCUGGCGGUGCCCAGAAGCUCCGAUGAAAGCAACGCCCUCCGAGACUACGGGAAAAGGAGCCUGCCGGGGGUCAGCGACUUCUGGCUGGGCAUCAACGACAUGGUCACGGAAGGCAAGUUCGUCGACGUCAAUGGACUCGCCAUCUCCUUCCUCAGCUGGGACCAGGCCCAGCCGAACGGCGGCAAGCGGGAAAACUGCGUCUUCCUGUCCCAGUCAUCUCAGGGCAAAUGGAGCGAUGAGGUCUGUCGUAGCAGCAAGAGGUACAUAUGUGAGUUCACCAUCCCUUAACAGACCCUUCGGAAAGAUCUCUUCCACGCGCGUCCGGUCAUGAAUGAUAGGCUGAUGGUUUCCGUGAAGAAGUCAACAUGGUCCCACAGGAGGCUGUGUCCAUCGGAAUAUGAGAGUCAGCCAAUGGUGCCACCACGGUGUGCUGUGAUCUUGCCCUCCGCAGGGUCUGGGGGCAUGAGAAAAUAGUCAGCCAGCUAUGCGUACGCUGGGAAAGUGGCUUCCGCAAGAUGGGCUCAGACCUUCCUCCUUCCUAGACGCUCUCGCUCUUACGGACCACGUGCGGGUUAAAAAUCCAACAGCCCGGAAAGCAAGCUUGGGCUGCCUGGAAGAGUCUCUCUUAAAAGUUUAGUAUACAUUUGACUGAUGAGACUUCUCCAAAGCAGAGACUCUAGGUGCUGCAUAAGCCACAGUCUUUUCCGUCUGAGGCUCAAUCUCUUCCAUCCUAGUGAUGAGAUCUUAUGACUCCAUUAUCCUUUCUUUAAGUUGCUGGGUCCCCUGGUGGGACGUGUAUCUGCUCUGUCACAUUAAAACAGGAAUGGCUCAGAGA